UGGCCUCGCUGGCUUGGCGACAGCUUGUCUGGCGUGACCAGUUGCGCAGUUGCCACUUCCCCACAUUCCAUUAUAUUAUCCGCAGUUAAUCGUCACACACUCGCUCAAAAUCACGCAACUCUUGCACAAAAUUACCGAACCAAGUGCUUCAAAGUGUCAGCAAUUAAAACAAUAGUUGUUUGAAAUCGUAGAAAAGUAGGUAAAAAAGCGUGAAAAUUCGGCAACGGCGCUCGUAAACUUGUUUCAUAAACGGAUGUCGGUACCUCCCAUUCAACCGACGAAUCACCGACAUACGUCGGCGGUGUUACUCGUGAAAUCGUUUGAAGAAAAGCGGCAUGCGAGUGUUGGGUGUGUCUUAGCUUGUGUCGGAAAAUAUACUUCAGGUCCCUUUUGAUGGCAAACGUGAGAAUACAGUUUAGUCAGCAGUGGUGGGGGUUUUCUGUGAAUCGUGACGAAAAUGGUUGCUCCAUAGGUCGCAGAUAAGUAGAAGCGCGCUAUUUUCGUUGUUUUUCGAGGGUUUUGUGGUAGUUUGUGGAUGUGAGGAUGGCGCACGGGCUGAAUUCGGUGCUGAAGCGCGUGGGCAAGGGCGAGGGCAAGGCCGGCAUCGGCUCGCGGCGGAUCUUCGCCCCCCAUUUCAAGCUGCAGGUGCUGGACUCGUACAGGAACGACGCCGACUGCAAGGGCAACCAGAGGGCGACGGCCCGGAAGUACGGCAUCCAUCGGCGGCAGAUCCAGAAGUGGCUCCAGGUGGAGGGCAAUUUGCGCAGCAGCGUGGGCAAGGAGCGGAGCGCCAGACUGCCUGACGACGAGGCGGGCCCCGCGCCCCUCGAUUUCACCACGCGCGCCCGCACCCCGGACCCCGCGCCCAUGGACCUGUCGCUCAAGAGGCCCGCGACACAGAGCGCACCUGCGGGCCCCCCGCCGUCACCGCYCCGUUUGUCGUCGCCACUCGGUCUCGCCCGACGGCCGCACCCGGACGUGUGGGAUCUCUCCACAAAGCGCAAGGAGGAAGCCCCCAAACCUAAGCUCUUCAAACCGUAUCUCGACGAUGACACCCCCAAGCGUGCGGAGCUGCCCCCUUGUUGCAGCUCGGCCCUCUCCGGCUGUUAUUACAACAACAACGUCUGCGACAUCAAGUCCGAAUACUCGUCGUACACUCUGCACGAGCUCCAGCCCUACUAUUACAGCUACCCGUCAACGUACCAAAGUCCCGAGUACGAAAUCGCCCCCUUCUACGAGGACCCCAACUACGUCCAAAGUGUGGUGCCGUUGAAACAAAGACAUAGCUACAGUCUGGACUUUAAGUUGAGCGCCAUUGAGUGCUAUUAUCAGGACUCGGUUUGUAAAGGCAAUCAGCGGGCGGUUGCCUCCAAGUACAACAUCCACCGGAGACAAGUGCAGAAGUGGUUGAAACAAGCCGACGAAUUACGACAGAAGAACGAAACUAUUAAACACACCACGCCAAUGGUGAGAUAGGACUUAAUUGUUAGAAUUUUAUCAUGGUGUUAAGCCUCGAAGAGUCUAAACGUACCAAGCAAUAACGAACAUAUCGGGAAUGGCCUCCAUUGUGUAUUGCCUUAUUAAAUAGCUCUUUAGGGAUUUAUUGAUAAUCGUGGGUGCUAUUGUUCAAAUUUUAGAUUAGUACAUGAAAUGUUAUUGCUCAGUAUAUAAGUUACUUGUGUGCCUUGUUAGAGGAUAGGUAGGAGAAAACGUGCCAAAAAUGGAAGGCAGCUAUUGCAAAACGGGCGAUACAGCUACGACACAAUUUUAUCCAUGUCUUCCUUUGCCAUAAUUUUUUGUAAUAUAAUUGUUAAAACUAGAUCAUACUGCCUUUUUAUUUAUUAAUUUAUUUUACUUCAACUUUUUUUAUCUUAAAUGGUUGUAUAACGAAUUUAUAUAAAUAAACAGUCUUGUAUUCAGUCUAUUGCAAUUGAUAAUGUGAUUUUUAGACGUAAUUUUAUUUGCUUUCAAACAUUUGUACAUAAACUAAUGAUAUAAUAAGAAUAAUGUGACCUUACAUCUGUAGGUUGUGAGCAAUUAUCGGACGUUUAUCAAAUUGUACAUACAGCUGGCCUGACUAUAAAACGAACUUUUUAUAAAUAUUGUAUUAUUUUAUAUGAGAUAUUUUAUAGAUGAUAUUAAUAAAAAUGUAUAUAUUA